CCGGAGAGCCGGGGGGAGCCUUUUGCGCUUCUUUCAAGGGAUUUGAGAUCGUUUAAGCCUGGCAUAGCCCUCCCUCGCCGCUCCCCUCCAGACUGACUGGAGAAUUUAACUCGUGUCUCGGCGGAUCAGUGCAGCGCCUUGGCGGGGGUUCAUUCCCGCUCCGGCCGGCGUUUUCCUGAGGGCCCACGCCUCGCAGUGCUGUGCCUCGAUACAAAUUUGUGGUAGCUGUUGUCUGGCAAAUUGCACACGCGUUGGUUUAAAUGCGUAACUUGGAGCUUAAAGAUAGGCGGAGGUACUGCCGAUAGCAGCUGUAGCCUAAGUGACCCUUUCAUUUAGUUGGGGGUCUUCCUCCCUGGAAUAAGCGUGGGAACCUGGUUGCCCCACGCUGCUGUCCACCUCGUCAGCAGUUGGUGUUUCUCAGUACCACCGGGUGUCUUUGGGGUACCCGUCUUGUUGCGCAGUCUGCUUCUGCCAGUCCCCUUAACUGAGUUACCGUGCCCUUAACUGAGUUACCGUGCCCUUAACUGAGUUACCGUGCCCUUAACUGAGUUACCGUGCCCUUAACAUCAGCAAUGACUGGUGGUCACGAAAUGCCUCCUCCUUUUACGUUAAGUGCAGGAUACUGCUCGGGUUUCUGCACUGGAGACCUGCACUAUACAGGAGGCAAAGUUGUUGUUGUUUUUUUUUGUUUUUUUUUUUUUUUCUCCUCCGGGUAAUUCCUGCAACUUUUGAUAUGGCAUCCUGUUGAAAACCAAAUACUGAGGGAUUUUAUUGCAAGUUACAGCUUCAUGUGGGGAACCUGCACGGCUUUUGGGCAUCUGAGCAACAAUGUCACGAGCUCUGUCAUAACUUCCAUGUACUUCUUUUUGUCCACAUUUUCAUCCUUAAUGUCGUGUUCUGCGAUAGUUUCACUGUAAGGCUUCUUGUGUGUUAUUCAGGAUUGAGAUGUGGGGUAAACACUUUCUAACCUUCAGCUUGGUGCAGUAUAAGCUGGCUGUUUGCUUUUGAUGCAAUUUAGGCUUGUGAUGACAGUUAAUACUGCCUACCCCGAUUGUGGUUACAGUGGUCAGUCUUGACUAUUUAAUAAUAAAGCAUGGUUAUUUUGGUGGGUUUUUUUCCUUUUUGCUUUUAAAAGCUUUUGCUGAAGUAACUGUGCUGUUACUUGUAUUUUAUAACUUGCAUAGGCAGCAAAAAUAACUUGCCACCAAAAGCCACAAUACUGAUACAACUUGAUUUUAAAAAAAAAAAAACCCCAACAAAAUGAAAAGACCAUAUAUAAGAUGUAGCAGUUUUAACUUUGCUAGCAAUGAACUCCGUAGUGAUGUGUGGGUUGUAACUUAGCACUUAAAUUGUGGGGUGGCUUUCAGGAGUUAAAUAUAUUGCAGGUUAAGGGUUGUACUGCCACGUUCACAAACAGCGAAGUUACAAGCAGCGUGAACUGUCAGCGUGUUUGCAAUGGUUCCCUUAAUAUCGUGCUACUUUGUUAGUAUACUUUGAAGUGGGUGUACUCUCAUAUGCUCUGCAUAUAUCAAGUUCUGUGCAAUUUUUGGUGGCUUUCCUCCUGGUGUGAAUGCAUUUUAAUAGGUAUUCUCUAUAUUUCUUUAUUACAUCUGCUUUAUGGUAGGUUGGCUGUAAUGAAACUGAGAUGUUAUUUCUUACGAAUCUUUUGUGGCAAUUGGCGAUCUUGACCAGUGCUUGCAGUUAGCUAUGCGUUUGUAGCAUGGUCUCUUAAGUGUUCCUAUUCUAAUGUGCUGUAAACUGUGGGAACCUAACUGUAAAUUUGUGAAAAAAUGGCUGUGAUGUAAUCAGGGACUCGGUGUGCUCAGGCUAUUAGUAGCAUGGAAGAAAAUUGUGAAGUGGCACUUUGAAAACUAAGCCCUUCUCUGAAGUCUGCAAUAUUUAGUAAUGCCAUGCUGUGCACUUUGCAUCUCAAUCCUUGUGUCCUCUAUGGGGCUCGAAACCUAUUUUUUACAGCUUAAUUAGGACACCAGUUGUUCGCAGUUCUCUAAAAACAAGUUCACAAUUGUGCACUGCUUUCUGAGGUCUGUCAUUUGGUAUCUUCAUCUCUGGUUUAACUCAAAAGUAAAUAUUGAAUCAAGUGCAAAGAUUAACGCUGUCCCUUAGUGUAACUAGAGAUCAAUGUAUAAUAAACCCAAAAUGUUUGUUUUCCAGGUUCAAGAAAACUCCCCAGCUCAACAAGGAGGACUGGAACCUUUCUUUGAUUUCAUCAUUGCGAUAGGACACACUAGGCUUGUAAGCCUCAAAUGAUUUUAUUUUUUCCCCUGCAUGAAAUAUGAGUAUAGUAAUGAUGAAAGGUAGAAGCCAAAGCUGUUACAGUAAAGAAAGCUUUUCAUAUUGGAAGCUGUAUAUGGCAUUAACAAGAAUAAAGAAAACAGUAUGUUGAAAGAUCUGCUGAAGGCAAAUGCUGAAAAAGCAGUGAAGCUGGAGGUGUAUAAUAUCAAAACAAUGAAAAUAAGAGAGGUGGAGGUGAUCCCCAGUAACAUGUGGGGAGGACAAGGUCUUCUCGGAGCCAGCGUGAGGUUCUGCAGUUUCCAGGGAGCCAAUGAACACGUCUGGCACGUUUUGGACGUUGAACCUGCAUCUCCUGCAGCUCUCGCUGGUCUCCAGCCGUACACUGACUACAUUGUUGGAUCUGAUCAGAUUCUUCAGGAGUCAGAGGAUUUCUUUUCACUGAUUGAAUCCCACGAGGGGAAACCGCUGAAGCUGAUGGUUUAUAACACUGAAGCAGAUUCCAUUCGAGAGGUAGUUGUGACUCCCAAUGGCGCUUGGGGUGGAGAAGGAAGUUUAGGAUGUGGUAUUGGAUACGGCUAUUUGCACAGAAUUCCAACACAGUCUAUAGUAUCAAAGAAAAAGCCAGAGAGCAAACCACCUUCACCCUUAACAGAAGCUGGAACUCCCGUGCCAUCUACUAAUGGUUACACAGAGACUCCAUUACUGGCACCUACUUCUCAGAGUGACAGCUCCGAGAUAGUUAUGAACUUGGAUCAUUCCACAGAUCAAGAAAUGAGUGGUUAUUCACCAGAAAGCUCACUUUCUCCGCCUCCCCCUCUCCAGAGAGUUAUGGAUCCAGGAUUUCUAGAUAUGUCUGGUAUUUCAUUUCCUGAGCUCAGUGACUUAAGAGAAGUGUCCAACGUGCCCUCAUCUGCCUCCUUCAACAUGCCAGCAGCAGACGCUUUAGCAGGCACUGAAAAGUUAAUGUCGAACAAUGACGCUUCUGCUUAUUUUGAAAAUGCCACAGCUUUAGACCCUGAAGAUGUAACCAUGUACUCUGAAGGCUCAGUCAAGCAGCUUGAGUUGGACAACCUACUGCCUUCGAUUCCAUCGUUGCCUUCUUUUGCUCUUCCUAAUGAAAUUUCUUCAAAAACAACACUAGGAACUGAUCCCGAUAACCAAGGAACAAAGCUGCUCUUAAGCAGUAUUGAGAGCUCAUUAACCACUACGCCGGUGAAACCAGAUGAUGAAGCAGCAUGCGAGCAGAAAGAAGCAGCAGCCACGCAAGAUCGUGAGUGAAACGGAUGGUGCUUUUGUUUACAGACUCCCAUAUGCUGUGACACUACAGCUUGGAAUAUUUUUCUGAUCUUGGAAGAAUUACAGUUAUUCUAUUUUGUUAGUGUAGACAAUAUUAUAAAAGAAAUUGUAUGAAAUGCCUAUCCUAUUGUCUUUCCAGUCAUUGUUUAAUGGAUUGAUCUGUGUUCAAACUUUGAAUGCUGUCUGAAAUCACCAAAUUUAUGGAGAAAUCAAUGCAGGAACAAGUUGGAGACUGGCAAAAUGUCAAGCUCCUGAGUUCACAUUUGCUUACAGAUGCUCCUGAAUGUAUUUAUGAAGGCACUCUGCCUGAACAGUGACACUUGAUGAUGAUUUUCUCAGUAUGAUUGAAGGCAUUAAAAAAAGCUAUUUAUGGUUUUGACUUGCUAGAAAGCUUUUCUAAUGGUACCCCUCACGUGCCUUUCAAGGCAUUUCCUACUUGUUUUCGUUUCCCAUCUCUCUAACAGUUACUCGUGUACCUUCUCUACAACUGCUUUUGCAGGAAAGGAAGUGCCGUAGGGCUUGAAGUUGCAGCACAGAGAUAGGACAAAACCGUGUGGGUGGGCCCUGUCGUUCACCUUCGCUCUUCAGUGGAUCAUGCGGUCGUCUCACAGCUAAAAAAACACAUGUGAGGGGGAAAAUGAUGAUGGUUAUUUGAAACAGACUGAAGUCAAAGAUGAUGUUAAGUCAGGCCCGUGUGUUUUCAGGGUGAUUAACCUUUUCAGUGGAGUUGAAUGUCUUGGUUGCUGUAGUGACAGAAGUAGAUUUUCUUUAGUUGUGCUUUUCCAUUGACCCACUUCUGGUUUUAUACAAAUCAUUAAGCUUAAGACACGAGUUAGUGCAGCAACAUCUAUUGCUUUUUGUGGCUUUUUUAAUUUCAUUUGCACUUGUCUUCAAAAUAGCUUCUGAAUGUAAUAGUCAACGUGAAAGAAAUGUGGGUGUGUUUAUACCCCUUGGGGCAGUAAUUUGUCUCGGAAUUUUAAAGCUGCUGCUCGGCAAUAACUUCACUCUAGCUGGUACAGUUAGCGUGGUGAAAAUCCCUCAGAUUAAAAGAACGGGGUUCAAGGUUAGGUGCGUGUUUAAGCUAUAAACUAGAGUAUCCUUAUUUAGCACGGUAUUGUCUCACUUCCUUUUCCCUGCCCCGUUUCCACCCUGUGCCCGGUGGAGGGCGGUCAGUAAGCGCUGAAAUCGGGUGACAGCGCAGGCUGGGCAGCCUGGCUCACACAGAUUUGCCCGACAGCUCAGCUUCAGCAAAAGGGUGCAGGCAAAGCUGCAACACAAGAGAGGUAUUGGAUGAGUAUACCCGUACCUGAAACCUGUCCUUUACGUUCCUUCGUGGCUGUUGGUCUUAGAUACUGUUUUCAUGUAAAAUACAGUAGCUCUGAACAGGAUGGUCAAAAUAAUUUCUGCUUUAAAGAAGAAUGCGUUGAGCUCUACCUGCAGGUAGAGACUGGAUCAAGAGAUUGGAAAUCUGGUCUGCUAAAGGGUCUGUUAAUAGUGAACAGAAUUUUUUUCCUCUAUUGCUAAAAUAAACAUCUCCUCCCCCCAACCGACUGCUACAAGGGUGAACAGCCAAACACUAAAAAUAAAUGUAAUUUAAGUGAUUGAUAAGUUUGGUGUCCGAGCCUGGUGACUGCAGACACACAGGUGAUCUAUUUGGGUUUUUUGUUGUUGUUUAUUUAGGCCUGUUCCUAGCCUUACAGCUUUCUCAAAACUGUUUUUAAGGUGGUAGUAGCUCAUUUAACUGAUGCGGUAUCGUAAGCACCCUUAGAAAUUAAAGCGCAGGGAAUGUCAAAGCUCACACUACAUUUCAAAUGUCACAGUAAUAAAUGGCUUAACACUUAGGCCAGUCUGUGUCCAGGCUACCUUAUGUUAAUAGGCUCUGGGAAGGGGAAGGGGGGAGUUGGUUUAUAGUUAUGAGACUUGAUUCUUUUUUCAAAAUAUUUACGCACAGUGGUCUAACAUCUGUUUAGAAAACCAAAUAAAGAGUUAAAACCUCUAGCCAGUAGUAUGUUGUAUUCACCCAGCUUAAAUUUUAUCAUUUAAAUGCUGAAUGAGGUGAAGAGUUUAACCUCUUCCUCAAAUUCCUUUCUCUUGACAAUUUGGAGACUACCUUUCAAGAUCCCUGAAGCUGCCUCCCUGCUGAAGCAAAGAGAAGUAAAGGUACUCUUUUGCUUGUGGGUGCAGAAGUGAGAAAGCUGAUUAGAAUUUCCUAGUUUCCAAACAAAACCUAAAAAGAGUGGUAGAAGCUCCUGAGAGUGGCUGGUUCCAGACAGGAUCCAAGUCUCCUGGAGACACAGGCCUCCUGCCUUGCCUUCCUGCUGUUGCUGCAAGCGUAGACAACAGGAGGGCCGCCCCCUCCGAGACAGACGGGAGCACUUGUAAUUAUCUUGCUGCUACUGCUGCCACCUUAAUUUGAGGAAAAUUCAGGAAGGGAAUGACCAGGUACUACUUACUGCUGAGCGAAAUGUAUCUCGUAAAGCCUGUGAGGAGAGGCCAGGUCUGAAAUAAAAAGAGGUAACAUUUUAUGUUGGUCCGAAACAAGCAAGAAUGGCUGUGGGAGCCAGAGCUACCUUUGAGUGCAGUGGCUUGAAGCUUCUGUAUCUGGGGUUUGAAACAAAAGCUGCUGUUUCCAGAUAAGUAGGAGAGCUGUAUAUUACCUCGUUUGCUUCUGUACGCUUUUGAGGGAUAUUUAUUUUGCAGUAUCACAAGGAGGGCAAAACAAAGGAAGGAAGCUGUCACCUUUAAAGUGCUUUGUGCCAAUUUUGGAGCUUGGAGGCAGUAGAUGUGUAGCUCGACACUGGAUGGUGGUUUGGUACGGCCGGACACAAUAGGAUAAGCUUCCAGACCCGAGAUGCUGUCAGCCAAGCCUGAGGAGGUGAGUCUGGCAGACAUUUACAUCCAAAGAGGCUACCAGGAGCUCAGGUAUUAAGGCAAGGACUAGACAAAGCUCAUCUCCACUGAGCCAUGCCUCUACUGGCCCUGGAGGGGAGGCUGUGGGACCUCCACCCACCCAGACAUGCGCAUCUCUACUCAACAAAGGCUGGAGCAACUUGAUCAAGCCUCGCCCCAGGCAAGGCUAACUUCAGCAGCUUGGAUCAAGCCUUCCCUUCGGAGGUAAAUUACUCAAUUCAGGGGAACUUCAGACAGCAUAACCCAUAACCAGGAAUGAUCCUAACCCCUAAAACUCAUGAGGAAAUAACUAUCCUACAGAUAAACAUGCAAAGCUCACUGUUAAGAAUGUAUGGAUGCUAAACUGAUUCCAGCUGAACUUGAAGGAAUGCAUUUAGUGUCUUUAAGGUGAACAGCUGUGGGGCAAGAACUGCUGAAAUACCAAGUUCAGGCAGAGAUGACUUUGUCUUCCCCCCUUGAGCUUCCACAGCAGGCUUGCCGAUUUACAGAGCCUGCACAAACCUGCUGCUGUGCUACUCUAGGAUCCCUUUUAGAAGCUGCUCAUCCAAAUCUCUGGACUGGACUGAAUUCCUCUUAGCGGUAACUGAGAAAAGCUGCAACAUGGAGUAGAGAUCACACCACUCGCAUGUGUGCUGAUGGGCUUGAAUGAUGCAUUUCCACCUGCUUGGGGGUUCAGGAUUUAAUCCCCCCUAGCACUACGGAUUACAGCACUAACUGGGGAAGUGGGCGGCUGUUGUCAGCACCCCUGAGCUCCUGCACCUUGAAUUUAGCAGAAUGGCAAAGCGGCAGAGAGCAGCCUGCAGGGGAGAAGCAUUUAAUUCAGAAUUCUCCUCAGCACCCUCACCCUUCUCCAUCUUUCCCCAUAACUGGGCAAGUAUUUUCACCUCCAAGCAAUUAGGAAGGAAUCGGGCACCACUGCCUCUGGCUGGUGAGUGAAAGCAGCUACCGGUCACUCGCUGCACUUGAUUUGACUCUGCUAACCUGUCACAGCAGCUUCAAAGCAGUGGUUUGGUUUAAGUUACAUUUCUAAGCUACAAAAAAAUACUGAAGCAUUCACAGGUCCAUGAAAAAGAUGGCUAAAGCACUGCCACCAGAUCCUCAGAAAGAGAGGGGGCGUGCCCCUGUCCGGUCCCUAAUCAGCCCCUCUGGUCUGCAUGGCGUUUGUGCAAAGUGACUUCCUUCUAUUUGUGUCUCAAAGGAUUCAACUGCUCACAGAAGAAUCUCACCACAUCUUACAGGAAACUAUUUUAGUCAAUCCGUUUCUUGAUAUCUGUCUCUUACAGGGCUACAACCUUUCCACAUCCAGAAAACUCUGUGUCAGCUGGCACGAGUCACUUGUGGCAGGGCUGUCUUUUCUUACCCACUACACCGGUGUUAGCACAAAACAUUUUGGUAGCACAGAAGCACGCACUGCCCAAGCAAACAGUGUUACUCAAGCACGUUCUCCACCUCAGCGGGAUCUCAGAGCUUUUAUCUGAAGGCCUGCGUGCCUGCUAAAUCCUUAUGUCCAACCAUAUUAGAAGAUCAUCUUUAAGGAAUUUUGUUAUGGCACCGCCAUUUCUUCAGCCCUUCCAUCACUUGAGGCUUCAGAGGACUUUGAAGUCCUUUGCAGUACAACCCUUACGUGGCGAUGGUCCAAGCUCUAAGAUUGCACAUUCGAUCCAAUACACAAAACAACUGGAAAAUAUUUUACCUAAAGCCUUUUAUUCUAUACAACUGUGAAACAUCAUUUACCCUUCUGGCAUUGCAGACUCUUCUGUCAAUCUUUCCUGAAACUGUGUUUUGGGAUGGUUAGAAAGAAAGAAAACAAAACAAAAAAAAAAAAAAAGAAAAAUUACAACCUUGGCUGAUUUCAAACAAAAUUACUGGGAGCGAUUCCAAUGUAUACAACGGGGAAGCAAGACAACCAGGAAAAAAACCCAACCCAAACAGCGCCUAUUGGAACAAGCAUAGACCCUUGCUAUUAAUAAAUACAAGUCAGGACAAUUUAUCAAUAAAAGUUACGGUUCUGUUUAACCAUUUAAUUCACAAACACCACUAAAAAUGUGUGGUUAGAGCACAACGGUGUCAAACUGAGCAUACACAGAAAUGGGGAUUAAAAACUGAAACUGACUCUCAAAAGACAGGGAAAAAGACCAGCUAGCUUGGUUCUGAGCCCUAUGGUUUGUUUAAGCAAGGAGUUUGUUUAGCUAGGUUAAGAGUGCAGAAGGUAAUGAUUUGACUAUUUUGUUUCAAAUAAAAUAACAAUGAAAAAUAUUUUCCUUUUUGUUUGACCAAUACAAUCCCAGUAAUAUAAUUUAUUGGGACUUUCUUUAGGCCUCAACCUAAAUCUUGAUAGCAAGAUACAGGAAGGGCAAGAGCGUAUGUCUCCUGAAGAAACUCGAAUAAUCUACUGCCCUUUGAAGGCACUUGUGCUUCUGCUUCAGACAAGAGUCAUUUUUUACACACUUUCUUUACGAGGAUUUGUAAUUUGUUCUGGCUACAAAUGGUUUUGUGGGACAGCCCCACAUUUUCUCAUGAGAAGUUGAAAUGCCUUUACCCCCUCCCCCCAAUAAGUUAAAUUCUAUAAAAGACUACUCUGAGUCUAUGACAGUCACAGAUUUUUUAGAAAUAAGAGUGAAAAGAAGAUCCGCAUACAUCUAUAACAAAAGAACAACUGCAUAUAAAACUUCGGAAAAGAAGAGUAAGUAUUUUUAUAUCAUGAAUAUGAAAUCUGCUGAGAAGUUUCUAAAGUUUAACAUUAAACAUAUGAAGUUAUUUUCAGAACGGUCUGAAGUUUUAACAAAAAGUCACAUAGUUUUGGAGCACAGUUACCAAAAAUUAGACUAGCGUGUCUUUAGAACACCUAGGACACAGUGCAGGAAGUAGAUAUAUAUAUAUAUUUAAAAACAAAACAAAAAAAAUCUCUUGAAGUUGCUGCAAAGCAUGUUCGCUCUGUUAUGAUGCACAGCAUCAUUGGACUGACCCCACUACAAUAUUUAUCUAGUGUUCUUAUUCUGCAUGUCGACAGCUCUCCAAAGCAACAAUUGCGUUGCAGUAUUAAAACGAUUCUAAUGUUAACCCUUCAUCUGCGAUUAAAUGGGCUGAUUCUUUCAAGUAUGCAAUGCCUAUUUUCUGUUGUUUUUCUUUUCCAAAUUCCUUAAAGUGGUAGAAAUGUUUUGAGUAACCUGUGAGAAAUCGUCGUAGGAACUUUAUCAAUGGAAUGUACUAAAAAUACCUUGUGUGCAGUUGUGAAUUCUAUUGUGAACACAGCGACUAAUAUGGCCAAAACAGUUUCAUAUCAAGCAUGAGCAGAUGAGGAUAUUAUGUUCGGG